GGCUUAGGGCGAAAAAUAGAGGCGGAAAACGUUCGGGGAACUGUGUGUCGGAUUGAUGACAUUUCUGCUGGGCCCUCACUUGGCACCGGAAGUGAGCGUCUAGCGAAGGAUGCCGGGAAGCAGGUCGCAUGGGAAGUGCGUUUAGCAACCGGCCGUUCCCGGAAGCUGCGCUUAGGCGCGUUCCCCUAAACAACACAGGGGUUGUGGCCCGGACUCUGUUAUUUGACAGCAACCAGGCUGAUUCUGCAAUCAAUAAAGGUCUGCGGGCUGUGUCGUUUCGAUCCAACCCGACAGUUUUAUUCCUAAAAUGGGCUGCCAAGUGUUCUACCUAGAGGAGCUGGAAUUUGACUGGAACCCUAAGCAAGAGCUUUGCCGGUGGGGAUGGAAUGUCUGCAGUGUUACAUCAGAGUUCAGCCUUCAGAGGACUUAGGCCAAGUGGCACACCUCACUACAAAUGAGCUUGCCUGGUUUUGUGCUAUCUGAUCGUCACAAACUAAUGAAACACAUGUUAGGUCUUAAGGACACAAGUUCCACUGUUCUCCAGGUGCCCUGGCAGCUGGUACAGGGACUGUGAACAAUGGAACCAAACUCUCAGAGGACUAAAGUCCCAGCUUUCUUAUCUGACUUGGGGAAGGCCACAUUGAGGGGAAUCAGGAAGUGUCCCCGAUGUGGUACGUACAAUGGAACCCGUGGGUUGAGCUGUAAGAACAAGACAUGUGGAACCAUAUUUCGCUAUGGUGCCCGAAAGCAGCCUAGCAUUGAAGCUGUCAAAAUCAUCACAGGCUCUGAUCUACAGGUCUACUCGGUGCGGCAAAGAGACCGAGGCCCUGACUACCGAUGCUUUGUGGAGCUAGGUGUUUCAGAGACCGCGAUCCAGACCGUGGAUGGUACAAUUAUCACUCAGCUGAGCUCUGGCCGAUGUUAUGUCCCCUCCUGCUUGAAAGCUGCCACUCAGGGCAUCGUGGAGAACCAGUGUCAACACAUCAAGCUAGCAGUGAACUGCCAGGCAGAGGCCACCCCUCUGACCCUGAAGAGUUCAGUCCUGAAUGCUAUGCAGGCUCCCCCAGAAACCAAACAGACCAUCUGGCAGUUGGCCACGGAACCUCCGGGUCCCCUGGUACAGAGAGUCACGAAAAGCAUUAUGGUAGUGAAGUGCAAAGCCAGCCAGAAGCACAGCUUGGGCUAUUUGCACACGUCCUUCAUGCAGAAAAUCAGCUCCAGAAGCUUGCCAGAGCGCCGUUUCUUCUGCUCCUGCCAGACUCUGAAGUCACACAAGUCCAGUGUCCCCAAGGCUGAGGCAGCCCCAAAGUGCAUCCACUUCUUUGCUUGCCUCUGUGCCUUUGCCAGUGAUGAGACAUUGGCUCAGGAAUUCUCGGACUUUCUAAAUUUCGAUGCCAGUGGUCUUAAAGAGAUCAUUGUGCCCCAGUUAGGCUGCCAUGCAGAAUCAUCUGUCUCAGCUUGUGAGUCCGCUGCCUCUAAGCCCCGGAAGAGGAAGAAGGAUGAAAUGUCUGGUGCACAGGUGACCAGCUCACUGAUGCCACAAGAUGCAGUAAACAGCAAUCUAAGGAAGAGUGGCCUGAAAAAGCCCAUGGUUACAUCAUCACUGAAAAGGCAGGUCUGUGGUCAGCUGUUAGAUGAGGCACAGGUGACCUUGUCUUUCCAAGACUGGCUGGCCAGUGUCACAGAGCGCAUCCAUCAGACCAUGCACUAUCAGUUUGACGGCAAACCAGAGCCCCUGGUGUUCCACAUUCCUCAGUCCUUUUUUGAUGCCUUGCAACAGAGAAUAUCCACAGGAAGUGCAAAAAAGCGGCUCCCCAACUCCACCACAGCCUUCGUUCGGAAAGAUGCCUUGCCCCUGGGAACCUUUUCCAAGUACACCUGGCAUAUCACUAAUAUUCUGCAAGUCAAACAAAUCUUAGACACCCCAGAGAUGCCCCUGGAAAUCACACGUAGCUUCAUCCAGAACCAGGAUGGGACUUAUGAGCUAUUUAAAUGCCCUAAAGUGGAAGUGGAGAGCAUAGCGGAAACCUACGGCCGCAUAGAGAAGCAGCCUGUGCUGAGACCUUUGGAGCUGAAAACCUUCCUCAAAGUUGGGAACACUUCCCCAGAUCAGAAGGAGCCAACACCCUUUAUCAUCGAGUGGAUCCCAGAUAUCCUCCCACAAUCCAAGAUUGGUGAGCUUCGAAUCAAGUUUGAGUAUGGUCACCACCGGAACGGACAUGUGGCUGAUUACCAGGACCCGAGGCCACCCAUGGACCAGCCUUUGGAGCUGGCCCCUCUGACUACUAUCACUUUCCCUUGAGGCAAAUCAAGAGUAUUUUGCAGAGUUUGCACAUCCCAACUGCUGAGGACUGUAAAUCCUAGUAGCACUUAUAUGAUCCCUGCCGAUGAACCGCACUUGGCUAAGAUGCAGUUACUCAGCCCAUCCGUGUGUGUUCUGCAGAAGACUUUUGUAAACAGCUUUGUGUGUACAGUCUUCGUUACAAAUUGGACACUUAUUUCUGACCAGAGUUUUAGAAGAAACAACAAAAGUCCAGCUCACUGGCUUCUCAUGGAGUCACCUGCAGCUUGUUUUCUGUAAUUCUCUAAAGUCACAGCACUGGAUCUUAGCUAACAGUGUUGGAAAGUUAAUGGUGCCCUGGGCCGAGCAGAAUCCUCUCUCUCUCUCUCUGCCUGAGAGCUCCAAUCAUACUCUUUAUCCUGAUAACAAAUAAAGUACAAUGUCACUAGUUUUUCCAAA